AUGGUUUAUUUGGUAACGCGAUUGCUUGGUUGCUUUAAUCGAAUGCAAAUUUUACUCCUCUAUUGGUUAAUGAUGAUGCAUAAAAUUGAAAUUUGUAAAACACAUCGCUUUCCAUUAUCAUCACCAAAAUGUCAACCGAUUACCGUGGAACAAUGUAAAGAUUUGCCGUACAAUGAAACACGAUUUCCAAAUUUGGUUGGUGAUGAAAGUGAAAGUGAUGCAGCAAAUGGUUUCAGUACAUUUGACCCAUUAAUUAAGAUUCGAUGUUCAUCACGGCUCAAAUUUUUCCUCUGUUCUAUCUACUUUCCAAUGUGUACUGAUAAGGUACCAAUUGCGAUUGGACCAUGUCGACCAUUAUGUGAACGGGUGCAAAUGAAAUGUGAACCAUUGUUGAAGGAAUUUGGUUUUCCAUGGCCAAUUUCAAUGAAUUGUUCAAAAUUUCCACUCGAAAAUAAUCAUGAUGCGAUGUGUAUGAAAGGUCCAGCAUCUGAUGAAGAUGGUCCACCGGUAGUUGAAGAAUUAGAAUCUGAUAUAACGAAGAAUGUAAUCACAUCAAAUCGUUGUAUGCAACAGCCAAGUACAAUUUAUAUGAAUCGAACUGGACAUUGUGUCCCAUUAUGUCAUUCAAAUAAUGGCUAUACAAAGGAUGAUCGUGAAGCAGCUAGUACAGCAUUAUUUAUUAUGUCAUUACUUUGUACUGCUUUAACAUCCGUUUGCUUGCUGACAUUUUGCACCCGGAAACAUUGUUUAGUUGGUUUACCGGAAUUAUCACUUCUAUUUUGUUCCGUAUCAUUUUCCGUUUCUGCUAUUGUAUAUCUUUUUUCGUUACUGUAUCGUGAUCAGAUUUCCUGUAUUGAAUACAAUUCAAAAUUGAUUUUUGUGGUUACCGGAGUUCAACAUAUUCCGUGUACAAUUGUUGCCAUUCUUCUGUACUAUUUCGGAACAACCGGUCGACUAUGGUGGUUUGUAUUGUGCUGCACCUGGAAUAAAUAUACUCAAAGGCAUCAGCAAAAUUCGGAUUCGUUGUUGUUUCGAACUCAUAUGCUAGCAUGGGGAAUACCUUUGGGUAUUGUUAUUUUGGCUUUAAUGGCACAAAGUGUUCGAGCUGAUCCAUUAUCGGGUAUUUGUUUGGUUGGUGGCGGAAAUCGAAUUAUUGAAGCGGUGUUUGUUUCGUUACGUGAAUUAAUACUUCUACUAUGUUCAUUAGUACCAUUGUUUUUUGGAUGUUUAGCAUUAAUUGGUUCUGCUCCAGCUACUGAUCAUUCUGUUGCAUCAGCUGGUUUACUUGGAAGUUUAUAUCCGAUGGCAGCUGCAUUUCUAUUACUUAGUUCCCUACAGUAUCUUUUGACACCUACAGCAACCGGUUGGAAUACCGUAACAGCAAUAAAACUUUUAGCUGAUCCAUUACUUGGAAUAUUAGCUUCAGCUGGAUGUUUUAUUCAAAUUCUUUUCAAUAUUUUUAAAGCAAAUCGUUUACAAUUACUCGAUAAGCAUGGUUAUCAACCAGCUGCUCCACAAAUACCUCAACCAGCAAUUCCAUCACAUACUGCAACAGCAAGUAAUGCAUAUUCCUUAUCAAGGUAUCCUGAACAAAGGCCGCUUUGUUAA